GGAUACACUAAAUUUCCCAUGUCUAUGAAAACAUCGGUGCCGUGCACGUUACGAUCCUUUUUUGUCUGAGACAGAUUUGUGAGCACUGCAGUCUGCUUAAUAAUGGCUCCACGAAAGGGAAAAGUACAAAAAGAAGAACAAGUCAUUUCUCUGGGACCCCAGGUUGCUGAUGGAGAGAAUGUUUUUGGUGUGGCUCACAUUUUCGCUUCUUUUAACGACACCUUUGUUCAUGUGACUGAUUUGUCUGGAAAGGAAACUAUAGCUCGAGUCACCGGAGGCAUGAAAGUAAAAGCUGAUCGAGAUGAGUCAUCACCAUAUGCUGCUAUGUUGGCUGCACAAGAUGUUGCUGUUAGAUGCAAAGAAAUUGGAAUCACUGCUCUGCAUGUCAAAUUAAGGGCUACUGGUGGUAACCGAACCAAAACUCCUGGACCAGGUGCACAGUCAGCUUUACGUGCCCUUGCUCGAUCUGGUAUGAAGAUCGGACGAAUUGAGGAUGUGACACCUAUUCCAUCAGAUUGUACCAGAAGAAAGGGUGGUCGUCGUGGAAGACGUUUGUAAACAAUUUACAAAAUAUAAAUUACUAUGUAAA